GUCCUCCGGGAUGUUUCCCACGCCGGGCCCUGGCGUCCAUGGCGGCCCGCCGAGGACUGGCAUGGUGAUGUGGCAGCCUCAGCCGGGAGUUCGGCUGGUGAAGAUGAAUCUGCAAGGAGAGCAGGCGCCCUACCCCACGGGCAGUGCCGGCAGCACACUGUGCGCCUUGGAGGACACAAAGUCCGCGAUCACAAAGGCGGAGAUGGAGAUCAAGCCCGGUACAGCCUGUCAGGUGCUGGCAGGGCCACAGCGCAG